AACUUGCAUCCUUUUACACACUUGCAAUCAAGGAAGCAAAUGUGAGUUGGCAAAGGAAAGGGUUAUUGACGCAGCAAUGAGUGAAGAGUGUGGUGGUGCAGUAUAUAAAUGGCCGAAUGGAGAACACCCCAAAAUGACAACGCUCUUAUUCACGCUCUGUCCUCUCUCCCAAUUUUCUUCCUUCUUUCCUUCAACGUAGAGAACACACACUCUCUCACUCGCGAAGCUCACACUCAAAAACUUCCAUUUCCUCCAACCAACUGUAAAACUAUCCACACGAUCACUCAUAUAAAGCACAUUCCAUAAUUUUAUAUUUUCACAAAUCCCGGACACAGUAGAGAGACAGAGAACGGGGGAGGGGGAUAGUUUCUCUAUACGGUGAUGGCGGUUUCAGGUUCCGACGUGGCGGCGCUGUACACGCUGCUUUCAAAUUCGAUGAACGUCGAUCAACGCCUCCGUGGCCCCGCCGAAGAAGCACUUGCGCAAUCGGAGUCUAGGCCCGGCUUCUGCUCCUGCCUCCUUGAGCUGAUUAUGGCAAAGGAUUUGGCGUCGCAAAAUGACGUGAGAUUGAUGGCCACCUUAUACUUCAAAAACAGCGUUAAUCGCUACUGGCGGCACCGCCGUGAUUCCUCUGGGAUUAGCAAUGAGGAGAAAACGCAUCUGAGGCAGAAGUUGCUGUUAUACUUGAGAGAAGAGAAUGAACAGAUUGCUCAAAUGUUGGCAGUGCUCAUCUCCAAAAUUGCACGCAUUGAUUAUCCUAAAGAAUGGCCAGACAUCUUUAUGGUAUUAUCACAACAGCUUCAAUCAGCAGAUGUUCUUGCCUCCCACAGAAUAUUUAUGAUUCUGUUUAGGACUUUAAAGGAGUUGUCCACAAAACGCCUUACUUCUGACCAGCGAAACUUUGCUGAGAUAUCAUCCCAUUUCUUUGAUUAUAGCUGGCACCUAUGGCAAAGUGAUAUGCAGACAAUAUUGCAUGGUUUCUCAUCUCUUUCUCAAUCCUAUAAUUCAAAUCCUGACGAUCAGCAUCAUGAACUUUAUCUUACAUGUGAGAGAUGGUUGUUAUGUUCAAAGAUAAUACGGCAAUUAAUUAUUUCAGGAUUUCAAAGCGAUUCAAAGUGUUUUCAGGAGGUUCGGCCAGUCAAGGAAGUCUCACCUGUAUUCCUAAGUGCACUUCAGUCUUUCCUUCCAUACUAUUCAUCUUUUGAAAAGAAGUAUCCCAAAUUUUGGGACUUUGUAAAGAGGGCUUGUACCAAAUUGAUGAAAAUUUUAGUUGCCUUUCAGGGCAGACAUCCUUAUUCAUUUGGCGAUAAAUUUGUGCUUUCCUCAGUUGUUGACUUCUGUUUAAAUAAGAUAACAGAUCCUGAGCAAUAUGUGUUGUCAUUCGAACAGUUUCUCAUUCAAUGUAUGGUAAUGAUUAAGAAUAUCCUGGAAUGUACGGAAUACAAGCCAAGUUUUACUGGUAGGGUGAUGGAUGAAAAUGGAGUUACACUGGAGCAGAUGAAAAAAAACAUUUCCAGUGCUGUCGGUGGUAUUUUGACUUCCCUUUUGCCCAAUGAACGGAUAGUCCUCUUGUGUAAUGUGUUGAUAAGAAGGUAUUUUGUUCUGACAGCAAGUGAUUUGGAGGAGUGGUAUCAUAACUCUGAGGCUUUUCAUCAUGAGCAGGAUAUGAUUCAGUGGACGGAAAAACUAAGACCAUGUGCUGAAGCUUUAUACAUUGUAUUGUUUGAAAAUUAUAGCCAACUGCUAGGCCCUGUUGUGGUCUCUCUUCUCCAAGAGACUAUGAAUAAUUGCCCAACUUCAGUGACGGAAAUUACUCCAGUGUUGCUUCUUAAAGAUGCUGCUUAUGGAGCUGCUGCUUAUGUUUAUUAUGAACUCUCGAAUUAUCUGAGCUUUAAAGACUGGUUUAAUGGUGCUUUAUCCCUCGAGCUCUCAAAUGAACAUCCCAAUUUGCGUAUUAUUCAUCGGAAAGUUGCUAUAAUUCUUGGGCAGUGGGUUUCUGAGGUUAAAGAAGAUACAAAAAGACCUGUGUACUGUGCUUUAAUCAGAUUGUUACAGGGAAACUUGCAGCUUGUCGAUCCUUGUGUUUACAUAUUGAAGAUGCAAAUUUUUCAGACAGGGAGUUUGUUGAUCUUCUCCCUAUCUGUUGGGACUCAUGUUUCAAGCUGUUUGAUGAAGUUCAGGAAUUUGACUCAAAGGUCCAGGUUUUGAAUUUGAUUUCCACCCUUAUCCUUCAUGUUAGUGAAGUUAUUCCAUUUGCAGAAAAGUUGGUUCAAUUUUUUCAGAAGGUCUGGGAAGAAUCCUCUGGUGAAAGUUUGCUGCAGAUUCAGCUUCUUGUUGCUUUGAAAAACUUUGUGGUUGCACUUGGUUACCAGUCACCCAUUUGCUACAGCAUAUUAUUGCCAAUUCUGGAGAAUGGAAUUAAUAUUAAUAAUCCAGAUGAACUGAAUCUCCUAGAAGAUAGCAUGCUGUUAUGGGAGGCCACACUUUCCCAUGCCCCGUCAAUGGUGCCUCAAUUACUGCCAAAUUUUUCACGCCUUGUGGAUAUCAUGGAAAGAAGCUUUGACCAUUUAGAGGUUGCAGUAAACAUAAUUGAAGAUUACAUAAUUUUGGGUGGAAAUGACUUUCUGAGCAUGCAUGCUGCAAAUAUUGCUAAAAUUCUUGAUUUAGUUGUUGGAAAUGUUAAUGACAAAGGUCUUCUUUCAGUUCUACCUGUCAUUGAUAUCUUAAUACAGUGUUUUCCUAUGGAAGUGCCACCGCUCAUUAGCAGUACCUUACAAAAAUUAAUUUUAAUAUGUUUGAGUGGAGGAGAUGACCGAGAUCCUUCUAAAACAUCUGUCAAAGCAUCUUCUGCUGCCAUCCUAGCAAGGCUUCUGGUGAUGAAUACAAACUCACUUGCCCAAUUAGCAUCAGAUCCAUCUACUUCUCUACUCCUUCAAACAGCGUCUAUCCCUGUUCAAGAAAAUAUACUUCUUUGUCUGGUUGACAUUUGGGUCGACAAGGUAGAUAAUGUUUCUUGCAUCCAGAAGAAGACAAUUGGCUUAGCCCUAUCAAUAAUUCUGACAUUAAGGCUACCUCAAGUCAUUGACAAACUUGAUCAAAUUUUGAGUGUUUGCACUAGUGUAAUUCUGGGAGGAAACAGUGACUUGACUGAGGAAGAAUCCAGUGGUGUUAUGAGCUCCAGUACGUCUCCUGAUGAUGGCAAUAUUCCAAGUAAAGAAUUCAGAAAAAGACAGAUCAAAUUUUCGGACCGUAUCAAUCACAUAUCACUUGAGGACUCUGUGAAAGAAAAUCUACAAACUUGUGCUGCUAUUCAUGGAGAAUCAUUUAAUGCUGCAAUGAACAGUAUGCACCCAUCUGCGCUUGCACAAUUGAAGCAAGCAUUAAAGAUGCCAUAAUUGGCGUGCCAUAAUAGUUUGUGGUUGGGACAUGGCUUGGUGGUUGUUGAUCAGGUGGAACUAUGUGCAUUUGCGGAUCUUCUGUCCAUAGAUUGUGACUUUUCUAUAGGGUGAAAUUCAAGCUUAUUACAAGAAUUAUUGGUUUUUAUUCACAUUUUAAUUGUUUCCAAGUCAUGUUUUUUUAGCACUAAAAAAUCAUUCAUUAGUUAUGCCAGUCUGGCAUCGUGAAACUCUGUAAAUAGGAUGCUGUCCUCUAUUAUAUAUAAAAGGAGGAUCAGCAUUGAGUCUACAGUGUUCUAUUUAACUGAGAAGAAUUACAGGAAAUAUGAAAUGGUCUGUGUAGAUGCUGUUUUUGAACAUUUUGGGAUGUGUAGUGGAAAUUUCAGCAGUCUAAUUAAUCUGGAAAAGUUAAUUUUGAUUGCAUAUUAUUUGCUAGAUUAACAUUUUUAUUUCGAUUUUCUCACACUAGUUAUGGAUCAAUUUGUAAAGUCAUAAAUAACUAGUUAAGUCAUACAAUCUCUUUUUUUUCUUUAACCUAAGCUUUAAAUUGUAAGAUUUUACUCGGCAUUUAUUCAAGUACUGAAGCUCGACUAAGAUGUAUUAAUAUUUGAUGACACUUGUGCAACCUGUGGAUACUGGUACGUAUGAGACUGAUGACUUAUAAUUAUUGGGUGUGAUGUAGUAGCUUUUUAU